CAUUAUUGGAAACAGCAAGAAGCUUUUUGAAAAAAACACAAACGAAAAAUCCCUCAGCGAACGUCUUGCCGAACUUGGUUUGACGUUGGCAAACGUUCAGCAUAGGUCGUUUCGUGUGUGUAUGAAGUGCCAUCGCUUAAUAUGUAGGAUCGAAGAGUCGCAAACUACUUUAAAAGCAUGGCAAAAGGCCGAAGUGGAGCAGAGUUGUUCUGCUGUGACAACACCGAGUGCAACGCCGUCGGCGACCGAGACUUUGGCGAAGAAACGAGACAGGGUUCCAACUCCCUCUAAGCUCCGUCCCCAACCCCCCACGCCGACUGCUCCACCAGCUCCGAAAGUACAGAGGCCAAGCACUGGCAGAGCACGGCAAAGUGUUACCAAGGUAGUUGUCUAUUAUCCUUCCAAGCCUAGGGGUGAGACAACUGUGUGCCCAGACGACACAGCUGGCAUUAUCCAGGCGAUUGCUGAAAAGAAGUGGAACUGGGCCGCCAAACAAAUCAUAAGGCACAAGGACUUGUUUGGACCUCUCACUGAAAGCAUCCAGCAGGUCAUAGAGGAUGACUGCAAAAAGAUCUGCAAUCCAUUCACAGGCUUCAUGCUGUCAAAAACAUCUGCUGAAGAUCUGAAAGCAUUUUCCUUUGACAAAUUGCAGGAAGACUUCCAGCGCGUGUCACCAUUUCUUUUUUCCAUUUUUCUUACCAUCACCAAACAGUCUGCAAAUGCUGCCUGUGCUGCAGCAUCUAUCGCUCUUUAA